UUGUGCUCUCAUUUACAUCAAUGGCGGCGCCCGAAGAAGCCGAAAACGUGUUUGACGUGAUUCUCGGGACGUACGAAGAGUUUCUCCUCGGAUACGCUCUUCAGAAAGGCAAAGAUGGACAGCUCAGACUACAGCAGUUCUUCACAAACCACUCGCACCUCGGAUCCGUGCGUUGUGUGGCUGCCGGCGGCAAGUUCGUCGCGUCGGGCAGCGUCGACGAGACGAUCCGAUUGUUCAACAUGCGAAGUCGCAGCGAAAUGGGCUCGCUCAUGCAGCACGAAGGUACCAUAAACAGCCUGCAGAUGUACAAGUCGAGCCACUUGUUCAGUGCCAGCGAUGACAGCACCGUGUGCGUCUGGAGCACGGGCAGUUGGCAGUGCUUGAAGACCUUACGCGGUCACAAGGCCGAGGUGCUGUCGCUCGCCGUACACCCGAGUGGCAAGCUGCUGCUCUCCGUCUCCAAGGACAAGACACUGCGGACGUGGAACCUAGUAAAGGGACGUAACGCGUACAUCACGAACAUCAAAGCUGUAGCCGAAUUCGUCCAGUGGUCGCCGGACGGCGUCUAUUUCGUCAUCGGUGUCGGAAACAGGCUCGACGUUUACAGCACGGAGAAAGCCGGCAAGGUGCACUCGAUCGACUUCGGCAAGCGCGUGGGCGCCGCCGCAUUCCUCUCGGACGACGUCGUCAUGCUCGCGGGCGAAGGCGGCAACGUGGAGGUGCACAACGUCAGGCGCAAGUGCGUCUACCAGAUGUUCGCGGCGCACACUAGCCGAGUCAAGGCUAUGCAAGUCGUCAAAGUGCCAUCGGCCGACGACGGAACGUUCUUGGUGACAGCCGGCAGCGACGGAUCGAUCAGGGUGUGGAACGUCGACUCGGAGAACUUGGACGCCAGUCCGAGCCUGUUAUGCGAGGCGCGGUGCGGGUGCAGGAUCACGUGCAUGGCAGUACAUUCCGUCCACGAGGAGGACGGUGGGCCGCGAAAGGCGAAACGAAAGAAGAAAAGAAAGAAUGUCGAGGGAAAUAGAGCUGAAAGUUGCAAUGACGAGCUGGUCGAAAACAGCGAAGACGUUGAGCAGCGCUUGGAUGCAAGCAGUGAUGCUGCAGAGGCUAAACAUGUUUCUUUUUCUGAAGAGAUAGAAAUCAGCCAAUACGAAGUCGACGCAGCUGGAGGUGGAGCUGAGAAAGAUGACGACGGUAGCUUGAAUGAGGCUGAGAAGUCUAAUCGGCGGUCACGAAAACGGAAAAAGAAGGCUGCCAAACAGGUGUCUCCCACCGUUGAGUCCUCUCCGAAGGAGCAGGCUGUUGACAAACCACAGUCUAAGACAACACCCAAAAGGAAAAGGAGGAGGUCUAGUAAUAAACUGUAGGUCUUUUCUAA